CAGGCAGCGUCGGCUGUUACUACUCCGAGCCGAAAGUGCGUGUUGUGGAGGAGAAGAAACGCAAACGAGUAAUUCAAGGAAACAUUUUUAAAGGCAGCGAUAAACCCCAUAACUGCGGGUGUUUUUUCUCUCUCUACUGCUACCUUCUCGGUUUGUUUUAGCCAACAUGGCUUGCGGCGCGACGUUAAAGCGGUCGAUGGAGUUUGAGGCCCUCCUCAGUCCCCAGUCUCCCAAGCGGAGAAGGUGCAACCCACUACCGGGGACUCCGACCACUCCGUCCCCGCAAAGAUGCAACCUCCGUACUCCAGUGGAUAGCCCGGGUCACUCGGUUUCUCCUCAGCCCAUCGGAGGCGAACACAGGCUUACUCCAGAGCAAAUCUUCCAGAACCUCCGCCAGGGGUACAACCGAAUUCAGAGGCGACGGCAGCUGGAGGGGGCCUUUAACCAGUCUGAGGCCUGCAGCUCCACCGACACCCCCAGCCCCAGUACCCCCCUCAACGCUCCUAGCUCCCCACCUGGUGCCUCAAGAAAGGACCAACCCUCGUUCACACUGAGGCAGGUCAGCUACCUGUGUGAGCGCCUGCUUAAAGACCAUGAGGAGAAGAUCCGGGAGGAGUACGAACAGAUCCUUAACACAAAACUCGCAGAACAAUAUGAAUCUUUUGUGAAAUUCACGCAAGACCAGAUCAUGCGAAGAUACGGAGCCCGGCCUGCAAGUUAUGUCUCCUGAGCUCACAUCAAUGUGAUCCUGGCUUCCUCUCACAUGAUGGCUGCUCUUCUUCUGCCUCCUUCCUGUUGAUUUCAAUUUUAUUUCCCUAGCCUCUCCCUCCCUUUCCCCUCUUCACGCCAUUUUGGGUGCCAUUGUUUAUCCAGUUUUUAAUCCAAAAUUAGUUUCUUACUUUAAAAACUAUUGCUGCUGGCCAAAUAAUUAGAACUCUGUAAGAUGCCCGCUUUUAUUUUCUUCUUCUUUUUGCUGUUAACAUCCUUCCACCAGACAUCCUGAAAAAGCAGAUGUUUGUUUCAAAAUAAAACAUAACGAUCUCUUGAUGGCGCUGUAGAAAACGCUUAUUGGCUUGUGUGAUUAUGCUGUAUAACCUCCCAGCAGCUGUAUUCAAAGGCUCCUGCUUUCUUACCAUGUUUCCCUUUUCUCUCCCUCUUUGACCUGCCUCACCUCAAAACACUUUUCCUGAGAAUGUGGAUUUUUCUCCCUUUUAAAGAAAAACAAUAAAAGUUCGGUGAUUAAAA